UCUAGUCUCUUUCUUCCUAACCAAUUCUAAUGCAAGUCAAUUAGUUUUUCAGAAGUCUCUCUCUUCUCAUGUUUUUUCCUGCUUUGAAACUCAGUGUUCUCUUUUACUUAAUAGAUCAAGAUCCAACACUAAUUUGACAUUUAAUCAAGACUCUCUACAAGUUGACUAUCUCUUACUGGCUGUGUGACUUCUACAGAAGGCAAACUAAGUUAAUUUAUGCAAAACACAUAGAACAGCACUUAAGAUUCAGUGUUAACCAUUAUUACCGAGAGGCAGCACAGACUGUGCUCACAGAAUAGGCUUCAGAGCCAACCUGCCUUGUUCUAAUCACAGGAUUUUAAUCCUGCCACUUCCUGAGUAUUUAAUCUUAGUAAACUGUUAUUCUCUCUGAGCGUGUUUCCUUGUUCAUAAAAAGAAAAAAUGGGCUCUUUCCCUAAGCAGCCUGAGGUAAUCUGUGAAAAAUGGUUCGCUAUUCACUUGACCCGGAGAACCCCACGAAAUCAUGCAAAUCAAGAGGUUCCAAUCUUUGUGUUCACUUUAAGAACACUCGUGAAACUGCUCAGGCCACCAAGGGUAUGCAUAUACGAAAAGCCACGAAGUAUCUGAAAGAUGUCACUUUACAGAAACAGCGUGUACCAUUCCGACGUUACAAUGGUGGAGUUGGCAGGUGUGCGCAGGCCAAGCAGUGGGGCUGGACACAAGGUCGGUGGUGCAGAAAGAGUGCUGAGUUUUUGCUGCACAUGCUUAAAAAUGCAGAGAGUAACGCUGAACUUAAGGGUUUAGAUGUAGAUUCUCUGGUCAUCGAGCAUCUCCAAGUGAACAAAGCACCUAAGAUGCGCCGCCGGACCUACAGAGCUCAUGGUCGGAUUAACCCAUACAUGAGCUCUCCCUGUCACAUUGAGAUGAUCCUUACGGAAAAGGAACAGAUUGUUCCUAAACCAGAAGAGGAGGUUGCCCAGAAGAAAAAGAUAUCCCAGAAGAAACUGAAGAAACAAAAACUUAUGGCACGGGAGUAAAUUCAGCAUUAAAAUAAAUGUAAUUAAAAGGAAAAAAAAAAAAAAGAAAAAAGAAAAAAUGGUACCUAAAGAGAGUUGGGAGAAUUAAAUGAGUAAAUAUAUAUAAUGUACUUAAAAUAGUGUCUACUACAUAAUAAGCAUUCAGUAAGUUUUAAGUACGAUUAUCAUCAUCUCAAUAAUUCAUUUUUCCCAUAAGUCUUCAAUACAAACUCUCUAGGCCAGCUGGUGUUUCCUGCAAGUGCCAUUAUUUUAAAUCUACAAAUCACACAAGGCCGUUCCCAGCUCCCAUCCUGUUUAGAUUUCCUCAGCUUAGAACGAACCCCCCUUUACACCAUCAUCCAGUCUUUUCUUCCUGGCUAAAUCCUACCUACUCAUUCUUCAGGGUCCCUAUCUUUUCUUUUUGAGGUCAAUUCUGAUGAUACUUGUUCUCUAAGUCUUCUAUUGCCUUGAAUAUAAAACUAGCACUUUCAUUAUAAGCUGCCUUAUUUUGUUUUAUUUGUGUUUAUUUCCCUGAUAAGGUCUAAGCUGUGCCUGGUGGGCAGGGCUUGUAUUUUAUGCAUCUUUAUAUUCCUUGUACAACCAGCAUUCCAUAAAGGUCUAUCAAGUCAAAUGGAUGAACAAAGUUAGGCUUUCAGAAGUCUAGGUUUGCCUCCUGAUUAAGAAAACAAAUGUACUAUAAAUGACCACAUUGCUUAAUCUUCCUAGACCUGCAGCUUCCUCAUCUGUGAAACCUGAACACCUCCAAAUGACCUAUUAAGAAUAAACCAAUAAAGUACUUCCAUUAGUUUCAAGAGAACUAUAUAAAAAAGUUUGUAUGUAGUAACAAAUCAAGCAGGGACUUAAGGGAAAGAGAAAUGGUUAGACAAAUUAGGAGAUAUAGUAUGUAUAGUAUUAGAUGACUUGUGUGAAAAUACAAUGACAGAGAUAAAGGAGGACAAGAGAACAUGGCCAUUAGUACAUUAACAAUUCUUAUGAGGGUUGAAAAGGCACAAAAAGAAGAAACAUCUCAGGGCAGACAAGGUUUUGAGGGAGGGAGGUACCUUUGUGAACCUCUGCUUGUAGGAAUAUUAAUUUUAGUAUUUUUGCUAUUGGUCAAAAGAUUUGCCUACUUUUUUUUUUUUUUUUUGAGGUGGAGUCUCACUCUGUCAACCAGGCUGCAUGAAGUGCAGUGGUGCGAUCUCAGCUCACUGCAACCUCCGCCUCCCGGGCUCAGACAAUUCCUCCACUUCAGCCUCCUGGUUAGCUGGGAUUACAGGCAUGCACCACCACGCCCAGCUAAUUUUUUUAUUUUUACUUGAGACAGGGUUUUGCCAUGUUGGCCAGGCUGGUCUCAAACUCCUGACCUCAGUUGAUCCACCCACCCUGGCCUCUCAAAGUGCCGGGACUACAGGCGUGAGCCACCACACCCGGCCAGAUUUGCCUGCAUUUUUAUAGAAAACAAUAGACAAGGGAACUUGUUGGAUGAAGAGGAAUCAGGUGAGAAAGAGAGUUAAACAUCAUCACCAAGGGUCUGGUACAUUCAGAAAAAAAGAGUUUAUCAGGUAAAACAGUAAAACAGACAUAUGCAUCGUACUUAAAGAAGAUGGUCUCUAGUUAAAGUAUGAAAUACAGGAAAGUCU